AUGGCUACUUCUAUGGAGCGCAAGUACGAGUUCUUCGUGACGACAGACGAGCCACAUCAGCCAGCCGGCAUGGAACGAAGCACGAUCCGCCGGUUAGUGAUGCGGAACUACUUCGAUACGAAGAUGGCUGGGCCACAGUUCAACGUGCCUGAACAUAGUUCGACGAGCACAGUCGUGGCGGAAAAGCAGCUGAAGAGUCGUUUCCGGUUAUCUGAACCGGGAAACGAGAAGAAGAAGACUUUGAGCAGGCAAAGAGAAUACCUAUACAAUACCAAUAAACGAGGAAAGAAAAGACCACAGGUUCUGAGAACAAGAUCUGGUCCUACACCGCUGCCCUCAAAAAUCGGUGCCGAAGACAGCGGCAUAGAUAAUUCCAAUGAGACGAAACACAGUACCAGUAGAAGAAACACAAGUGAGCCAGCACUCGAAAGACCAGUGCUAAAGGCCGACCUCAAUAUCUAUCAUAUGGAUCCUUUUGGCGCUCUGCCGAUGCCAGACACGCCACAGCUAAAUGCGCUCUUCCGAUUAUACAAAGAUUCACCCAAGAACAACUCGAUCGGCCCUGAUGCUACGCACACAUGGAAGUCCUUUAUCUUGAAUGACGCUGGCUUGCUACAUGCUACUCUGGCAAGCUGGGCGCUAUACGGCAUGCUUGUGAAUGAGUCUCAUGAUCUGCGGGUGUGCGAACUCGAGCACAAAAACGAAGCAGUCCGAACCGUGACCUAUAAACUUGCGAUGUGUCGGGGAAGCGUAUCUGACGAUAUUGUUGGCACGGUCCUGACACUGGCGAAUCUCGAGAAUCUGACUGGAGCUUACGAUGUAGCUCAACUUCACCUCACCGCGUUGAGAGUUAUGGUUGAAGAGCGAGGCGGGAUACUUGCUUUUGGAAAGCAUGAUGGCUUGACGCGAGGUAUAUUAUGGGUAGAUUUUCAUGCGGCAGCAGCUUCCCGUACAACCCCGUUCUUUCCGCAUGUGCGGCUGGGGCCAGAUGCACCUCUUCCAGACAAGCUGCAUGACGAGGCAACAUACACAUCACCAACCUCUCUGCUUCAAUUAUCUUGUGCUGCUAUCGAUUGCUUCGAUAUCUUCUAUCGACUACACCGACUCGCGCUUGCAACAUCGUCGCACUGGACAGGCCGUGUUGCACGCGUGGCUCUAAGUAAUCUUCUCUACACUACUCAGUUCAUUCUCCUCUCAGUACCCGAUCGCUCGCAGGACUUUCUCAAAUUCGACCAGAGCGUGCAGGACAACAACAGUGAAUGUAGCGAGUCCCAGAAACAUAGAGCAGAUGCAGCGAGUGUAGUUGAAGCCCUACUCGCAGCAGCUCUCAUCUUCAUUUAUGCGGUACUGCGAGCGCUACCACUGAACACUAAGAUAUUUGCUAUCCUUCUGCGGCGACUGCGCACCGCUAUAGAUCGACCAAAUACAUCAGUGCUAGAAACAUGGAAACGCGAGAAGAAUCUCAACAUGUUGCUUUGGGCUCUGGUCAUGGCAUGUUCUAUUGCAACAGAUGCAGAGCGAACGUGGACUGACGUUCGUCUGGACACGACAACCACAACCAUGGCCCCGCUUGUCGACAACCCCCAGAUCAAGCAGGCCAGCCUGCACAACCCGCUGCCGUUGCAGCUGCACACAUACAUCUGGCCAUUUUUAAUAAUAUGGCCGGCCUUCUCCGCCAUAUACUUUUCGCCGCAGCGCUACGAGCAGUACAUUCAGUCGUCGGAAUGGACUUUUGUGUGGAUUGCCAGCAUCACCACCUUCCAGUCGCUGUUCUGGCUCAUGACGCACUGGAACGUUAACCUCAAGAGCGCAUUCACCACCACCUCGGCCGGCGACGUGCGUUCUGCAUCGCUUAUCAAAGUCCAGCCGAUCAAGAAUGCCGGCGCCGCUGAGAUUGUGCCAUUGGUGCGCGACAACGUUGGUGGAAAGCCGAACCUCUCGUUCCUCUUCCAGAAGCGACGUUUCCUCUACGAUGCCGACAAGGGUUCCUUCGCCCCGCUCUCCUAUCCCCUCGAUGUCGAACCCAAGCCCCAGCUCAAGACGUUCCAGCAGACCCAAGGUCUCACCUCGCCCGCUGAGAUUGAGCGCAUCGCACAACAUUAUGGCACAAACGAAUUCGAUAUCCCCGUCCCGACCUUCACCGAGCUGUUCAAGGAACACGCCGUUGCGCCCUUCUUCGUCUUCCAGAUCUUCUGCGUCGGACUGUGGAUGUUGGAUGAAUACUGGUACUACUCGCUGUUCACCCUGUUCAUGCUGGUCGCUUUCGAGAGCACCGUUGUGUGGCAGAGACAAAGGACCCUGACCGAGUUCCGCGGCAUGAGCAUCAAGCCAUACGAGAUCUAUGUAUACAGGCAAAAGAAGUGGCAGGAGGUUAUGAGCGACAAGCUGCUACCCGGCGAUGUCGUCAGCGCAGGCAGGACCAAGGAAGAUUCGGGUGUAGCAUGCGACAUGCUCCUACUCGAGGGUUCCGCCAUCGUUAACGAGGCUAUGCUUUCGGGAGAGAGCACACCGGUGCUCAAGGAAUCCGUACAAUUGCGACCUGGCGAUGCGCGCAUCGAGCCUGAGGGUCUGGACAAGAACUCGUUCCUCUGGGGUGGCACCAAGGUCCUCCAGGUUUCGCACGGCAACGAUGCUGAGGAAGAUGGCAGCGGCGUCAACAGACUUUCGUCUGGAGUCCCACCGCCACCGGACAAGGGUGCUGUUGCUGUUGUCAUCAAGACUGGUUUCGAGACCAACCAGGGCAGCCUCGUCAGAACCAUGAUCUUCGCUACCGAGCGCGUCUCCGCAAACAACGUAGAAGCUCUCUUCUUCAUCCUCUUCCUUACCGUCUUUGCCGUCGCCGCCUCGUGGUACGUCUGGAAGGAGGGUGUCAAGCUCGACCGCCAGCGUAACAAGCUGCUCCUCGACUGCGUCCUCAUCGUUACCAGCGUCGUCCCUCCCGAGCUCCCCAUGGAACUUAGCUUGGCUGUCAACACCUCCCUUGCCGCGCUUAGCAAAUACGCCAUCUUCUGUACUGAGCCGUUCCGAAUUCCUUUCGCUGGACAGGUCGACGUCGCCUGCUUUGAUAAGACUGGUACAUUGACUGGUGAAGACUUGGUCGUCGACGGUAUUGCUGGACUAUCACUGGGUCAAGACAAUGCUACGGUUGCUGCAGACGGUGCGCAUACUGAUCUCACAAAGGUCACGGAUGUUGGAACUGAGACAACACUGGUGCUUGCCGCCGCUCACUCUCUGGUCAAACUAGACGAUGGCGAGACUGUUGGAGAGCCUAUGGAGAAAGCUACUCUACAGUCCCUCGGCUGGAAACUCGGAGCCAAAGACACGAUCCAAGCUACCAUGACUACUGCCAAUUCUCAGGCCGAACUCGUACACAUCCGUCGCCGCUUCCAAUUCUCGUCUGCUCUUAAACGCCAGAGCUCUGUCGCAACUGUCCUGGUUAAUAACAACAAGACCGGUCGCAAGGUCAGGAGCACAAUCGCUGCGGUCAAGGGUGCGCCCGAGACUAUUCGCAAGAUGUUGGUCAACACCCCACCGAACUACGAGGAGACAUUCAAACACUUUACCCGCAAUGGUGGCCGUGUCCUCGCUCUCGCGUACAAGUUUCUAUCUGAAGAAGGAGAGUGGGGCCAGAACCGCAUCAACGACCUCAAGCGUGAACAAGUCGAGUCUGACUUGCACUUUGCCGGUUUCCUCGUCCUCCAGUGCCCCUUGAAGCCUGACGCUGUCGAGGCUGUACGUUCCCUCAACGAGUCUAGUCAUCGUGUUGUCAUGAUCACUGGUGACAACCCGCUGACUGCUGUCCAUGUCGCUAAGCAAGUCGAGAUCGUCGACCGCGAUUGUUACAUUCUUGACGCGCCUGAGAACGACGAAACUGGCGAGAAACUCGUUUGGCGCAGCGUUGACGACAAGAUUAGCAUUCCUGUUGACCCCUCCCAGCCUCUGGACGCCGAGAUCUUGAAGACCAAGGAUAUCUGUCUUACUGGGUACGCACUUUCGAAGUUCUCUGGUCAACCUGGAUGGAAGCAGAUUCUGCGAUACACUUGGGUCUACGCUCGUGUCUCACCGAAGCAGAAGGAGGAAAUUCUUCUUGGCCUUAAGGACUGCGGUUACACUACACUAAUGGCUGGUGAUGGUACCAACGAUGUCGGUGCGCUGAAGCAAGCUCACAUCGGUGUCGCCCUACUCAACGGUACCCGUGAGGACCUCGACAAGAUUGGCGAGCACUUCCGCAACACUCAGAUGAAGAAUGUCUACGAGAAGCAGUGUAACUUGAUGCAACGCUUCAACCAGCCUCAGCCACCUGUUCCGAUCAUGAUCGCGCAUCUAUACCCCCCUGGCCCAACCAACCCUCACUACGAAAAGGCAAUGGAGAAUCAGGCAAAGAAGAAGGGUCUUCUCCCAGGUGCCAAUGGUGUCGCUAACGGAUCAGCAUCUACUGGUACCCUUGUUCAACAACAGCCCGGUCAAGUCCAGCCGCCUCAGGCCGUCGGCAACCUUGCUCAGCAGAUGCAGGAGAAGAUGAUGAUGCAAGAGAUGGAAGAGAUGGCUGGUGAACCACCGACGAUCAAACUCGGUGAUGCUUCUGUCGCUGCGCCCUUCACCUCUAAGCUUGCGAACGUCGUUGCGAUUCCCAACAUCAUCCGUCAAGGUCGCUGCACACUCGUCGCUACAAUCCAGAUGUACAAGAUUCUCGCUUUGAACUGCUUGAUCUCUGCUUACAGUUUGUCUGUUCUCUACCUGGAUGGUAUCAAGUUCGGCGAUGGUCAAGUCACCAUUUCCGGUAUGAUGAUGAGCGUAUGCUUCCUUUCCAUUUCGCGCGCAAAGACCGUUGAGACUCUGUCAAAAGAACGUCCUCAGUCCAACAUUUUCAACACGUACAUCAUCGGUUCCGUACUUGGACAGUUUGCUAUCCAUAUCAUCACCCUCAUCUAUGUCAGCCAAUACGUCCAGCGUGUUGAGCCCAAGGACCCCAACCCGGAUCUCGAGAAGGACUUCGAGCCAUCCCUGCUCAACUCUGCGAUCUACCUCCUACAACUCAUUCAACAAAUCUCGACCUUUGCCAUUAACUACCAAGGCCGACCCUUCCGUGAGUCCAUCCGCGAGAACAAGGGCAUGUACUGGGGACUCGUUUCCGUCUCCGGUGUUGCCUUCUCCUGUGCCACCGAGUUCAUUCCCGAACUCAACGAGAAGCUCAAGCUUGUCCCCUUCACCACCGAAUUCAAGGUCAUGAUUACCAGCAUCAUGGCUUUCGAUUUUGUCGCUUGUUACAUCAUUGAGAAGGGUCUGAAGUUCUUCUUCUCGGACAACAAGCCAAAGGAUAUUGCAGUCAGGAGACCGGAUCAGCUGCAGCAAGAGGAGAAGAGGAAGGCAAGGGCGGAGAUUGAGGCGCAGAGGAAGAAGAACGAGGAGGCGGAGAUGAAGGCUGCUGCUGCUGGGUUGGUUAAGCGGUAG